AUGAAGUUCAACACCAUCCUGGGCCUGUUGGCCGCCGCCAGCCAGUACUGGCCGGCCAUCGCAUUGCCUCAGUUUCCCGAUAAUCCCGUCUGUGCUGCCGGCAUCACAUCUGUCGAAGUACAGCCGGUGCAGUUCAUCGUCAGACAGCCCAUCUACAUCAGCGCCUACUUACCAGUCAACACUGUCCUGGUACUCGAUGAUGGGCUGACCCUCACCAUCACUAAUGCUCCAUUGACCUUGGUCACCGAAAUUGACAAGUUGGGAACACUUACGUCCCAAGUUACUAGAAUCAUUGACCAGGUCUCAUCAAUCCCAAACGCCUAUGUCACCAUCACAAGAGGUGGCCAGGCCGGAUCUGAGGCAAGCACAAUCACAAUCUUCCCCUCUGGUCCUGACGGCGUCGGAACCUACUUGGUCUUUACCCCUUUUGCGAACAUUGCGGCCACCACCGGCAGUAGUGUUCCAGAGACAGCAACUGUCCUGGGCACUCCCAUCGACCCGAGUGGUUUUGUCACGCAGUCUGCGCCAGGGGCGAGCAGCGUCAUCAACCCCGGACCUAGCCCUGCAUCAGUUCCGGUCACAAUCGCUCCCACAGCAUCUGGAGGUGCUGCGGCUUUGCCUCAGAUCUUUGCUACCGUCAACGUUGGUGGUGCCACGGGCGUGCCCAGGAACUUCACCGUCGUGGACUCGGCUGGAUCUGCGGGUACGGUCUUUGCGCAGACUUUUGACAGCUUCUCCAUCACUGUUACUGGUCCUCAGAACGUCAUUACGGUUUUCGGUAACGCCGGUGUUACACCCGCUGCCAUCACAUUACCCGGUAACAGGGGUGUGACGCAGACCGGGGCCGAUGCUGUGCUUCAGAUUAUCCAGACUCCGGGAGGCGAGGCCGAUUUCCUUGCUAGGCUCACAACCGUGAGCAUACAGGGCCAAAACGGCCAGACCGGAACCUUCACGCUUAUCCCGACGGCUGGCAGUGUUGGUGCGGUAAUCGUACAGACUGCGGCACCAGCUCUUGGUGCCAUCUUCCAGACCAUCAGCGUUGCCGGAGCCACGCCAACUACACUUUCCAUCCCGGCACCCGAAGGACAGACCGGAACUGUUAUUGUACAGACCACGGAUGGCUUCACAGGCCCCGCUGCAGGUCCGUUCACGACCGUUACCGUUGGCGGCGGCCAGGGUGAUGCUCCCGCGACUGUAACUAUUCCCCCGGCCGCUGGUGCGACGGACGGCGUCUUCACCGUUCUCGUUCAAAGCCUGGAUCCUACGGCCUUCAACGGACCUUUCCGAACUAUCACGGCCGGCGGUAACACGGGAGGAUCACCAGUCACCAUCACUGUUCCUCCCUCAGGCACCGGCCAGACCGGCACUGUUGUUGUCCAGCCUGCCAUCACCUCCUUCACCGGCCCUUUUACGACCAUUACGACUGAUGGCAACACUGGAUCUCUUCCAGUCUCGCUCACCAUCGUUCCCGCCGGCAACCCGACUCUGGGUACCAUUAUUGUGCAGACUCCCUCAAUCACUGCUCGGCCUGCUCUCUUCAGAACCUUGGCCGCGCUCCCGAUUGCCGGUCUCGGUGCCACAAUCACCUUGCCCUUGUUAGGAAACUCUGCUUCUGCCCCCGGAACUAUUGUAGUCGCCGUGGGACUGGGCGGAGAUGAUCCGGCCACGAGUGCACCAGCCGCUUUGGCUGCCAACCUCGUCACUAUCCGAGGUGACUACAAUGGCACAGAUCCGUUGACUUUGACCCUCCCUUCUCAGGGUGACAACCCGGUUGCCACCAUCGUCGAGCAAUUGCCCGUCGGCUUCAGUGCGGGAGUCACCAUUGGAAACCCUGCCGCAACUACGGCUGUGCCUCCUAUCACGAACGCUGCUACGCAAGCUACCGCCCCUAGUGUAUCCGCCGCAAACCCGGCGGCUUCGAACGCAGGUGUUCUCCCGAAUAUCCUCACUAGUGGCUACUCCGGAUCUGUGCCGACCACGGUCACAUUGCCUCCUCUGGGGACCCAAACGGCCUCUCAAGUCUUGGUCCUUACGCCAUUGACCAACGCUGCCGGUUCUGCUGCGCCUGACCCUGCGGGAUCUGCUGCGACUGUGGCUCCUAAUGUGAUCAACACCAUCACCACUGGAUUUGGCGGUUCUCAACCUACCACUGUUACCGUCCUCCCACAGGGCCUUGCAUCUACUGCUCCCGUCGCCUUGGUGUUGACUCCGGACCCAGCUGCUGCGACUGCCGCGGCGUCCCAAGGGGCUCUGCCUGGUUCCUUCACCACCCUCACCGGACCAGCUGUUGGGUCAACUCCCACCACGCUGACUAUCCCUCCUGUGGGAACCAACAUUGUCGGCACGGUUGUGGUCCUGGGCGACCCCUUGGCCACUGCUACUGCUCAGCCAGGCCAGACGCAGACACAGGAUCCUGGUGCCAACGGAGUCCCAUCCAGUCUUGCACCUGGAGCUCUGGGGGCCUUUACCACCAUCCAGAGCGGCUUCAACGGCCUUCAGCCCUCGACCUUUACCGUUCCUCCUGCUGUCAGCGGCGCUCCAGGAACGGUUGUCGUCCUUACUCCUACUAACCCAGCUGCUCCCCAAUUGACCCUCCCUUCCGGAGUGCCAUUCGUUACGGUAACUACUGCUGGUGAUGUCCCUGCUGUGCUAACAAACGUGUUGCUUCCCACGGGAACAAACACUCUAGGAACUGUUCUCGUCCAGACCCCUGCCACUCCAGCUGCUUCUCAGCUGAACCUCCCCUCUGGUGUGCCCUUCGUGACGGUCACAACACCGGCUGACGUUCCCGCCGUGGAGACGAACGUGCUGUUGCCAUCGGGAACAAACACUGUUGGCACUGUUCUCGUCCAGGUGCCUUCGUCCUUGUUCACAGCCCUGCCCACCGGUGCUGCUACCACUCCAGGCGCAGUCAACUCUGGCUUGGUGCUCCCUGGACUCACUAUCCCACCCAUUUCCAUCGACUUGCCCACCAUCAUUCUGUCUAUCCCCAGCCUCAGCCUGGGUUCCUUCAUCACCCUGACCCAGGGCGGACCGGUAGCAACAACCGCCAUUCUCCCUCCCUCCGGCACCAACUCGGUGGGCCUCGUGAUUAUCCAGACACCGACUGUCGCCGCGACUGCCGCUCCAGGCGCUGGUGUCUUCACGACUCUCUUCCAGGGCUUCUCCGGAUCCGUUCCUCAAACUACCACCCUGCCACCGACGGGAACCAACACCCUCGGUGUCGUCUUGAUCCAGACGCCCACGGUUUCUGUGGAGGUCAACAUUCUUCAGACCACCACGAUUGGCUUCACCGGAUCACUCCCCACUACCGUCACCGUGCAGCCGUCUUCCGGUGGCUCUGGUCUCGUGGUCGUUCAGACCCCGUUUACGAACCCCUCGGUCUCUGCCACCAACGUGGCGGCCAAUAGCUUCAUCACUACUACCCAGGGAUUCACUGGCAUUGCGCCAACUACGAUUACUUACUUCCCCGGUGGAACUGACACGGUUGGCACCGUGGUCGUUCAGACACCCAUCUUCUCUGGAGGUGCUGUAACUUUGCCAUCCAUCUCGUUGGGUCUGCCGAACAUUCAGAUCACCAUUUCCAUCGGCGGACCUGUUGCGGCGACAUCUACUGUCUUGCCCUCCGGCACCAACACUAUCGGGACCGUGAUUGUUCAGACCCCCACUGCUCCAGGAGCCGGAGGCGCAACGACUCCCAUCGUUGACCCGGCUGUCACCGCGCCCGGCUUCGUCUCCGUCACCACUGGCUACACUGGAUCCACGCCAACUACUUUUACUCUGCCGCCAACCGGCACCCAGCCCGGAGUUGUCGUUGUCCAGACUCCUACCUCUGGCGUUGCUGUUGCUCCCAACAGCUUCAUCACGGCUGUCACUGGAUUCACCGGCACUGAGCCGACAACGGUGACGAUUCUUCCUACGGGAACCAACUCUGUUGGCAUCGUUCUCAUCCAGACUCCCACAAGAAUCAGCACGACUGUUUUGAUCAGCAUUAGUGGUGAUCCUCCACCACCUACUGUGCCCAGCGGCUUCAUCCUGACCACGACUGUUGGCACCGGCACUCUGCCCACCACGGUCACUUUCCCUCCCUCGGGCACCAACCCUGGAAGUGUGGUUGUCCAGACUCCAUCUGUUGGAACCGCGGCACCCGGCGUCACAAACGCCUUGCCCAACGUUAUCGUCACGAGCGGAUUUGCUGGCUCUGCCACGUCUACUCUUACGCUUACUCCCUCUUCCGCUGGCGACCCGACGACUUUGAUCGUCUUGACGCCUACUUCUGCUGCUGCUCCUUCAGUCACCGUUGCUCCAGCAUCGUUUAUUACUUUGACAAGUGGAUUCUUCGGCACUGCACCGGCGACUACAACCUUGGCACCUGUGAACGCUGGAGAUCCAGGAACUGUCAUUAUCCAGACACCUCUUCCCACGUCUGGCCUUUCGUUCCUCACUACCACCGUUGGCUACACGGGAGCUGUGCCGACUACCGCCACAGUGUUCCCAUCUGGAACCGAGACUGUCGGAGCCAUCAUUAUCCAGACUCCCUUCUCUCCUUCUUCACCCACAGUUACGAAUGUUGCCCCUACACCUACGGCUCCUGGCUUCUCGUUCAUCACGGUUCAGACUGGAUAUUCUGGUACCGGAACUCAGAUCACCACUAUCCUGCCUACUGCUAGCGGCAGCGUUGGUCUUGUUCUUAUCCAGACCCCCACUAUUGGACAGGAUCCUGCGACUUCAACCCCUGCGAUCAACAUUCCGACCACAGGGCCAGCUGCAACUCCGACUGUGGCACCCGCGUCGCUUGUGACUCUCAUCAGCACAUACACCGGAACGGUUCCAUCGACAACUACGCUCGCUCCCGCUGGCACUGACAGCUUGGGGACCGUCAUCGUCCUCCUUCCAAGCACCACGGCAACCCCUGGAACUACUCCAGGUGCUAACUUCGCGACGCUCAUCAGCACCUACACCGGACCCGUGCCGUCGACCUCGACUAUCCUUCCCACAGGAACCAACUCCCAAGGAACUUUCGUCAUCCUUGUCCCAAGCUCUACAGUCGACCCUGGUACUCUCAGUGCUGGUGCUCCAGCUAUUACAUCCUCACCCAGUGCAGUGUUUGCCACUCUCACUUCCACCUACGAUGGCUCGGUUACCUCAUUCCAGACUGUGCUCCCAUCGGGAACUGGCUCGACUGGCACCCUCGUUGUUCUCGUUCCGAGCAACGUGCUGGCUUCUCCCACAGCCACGCCCGCCAUUUCUCUUACUACUGUCACGUCGACGUAUGGUGGCUCUGUUGUCUCAACGGCCAUUGCUUCGCCUGCAAACCCUGGAGACCCUGGCACUCUUAUUGUAUUGGUUCCAAGCAACGUUGCGAGCUCGACUGGUGGCACUGCUCCUGGUGUUGGCAACAAUGUACUCACAACAUUCCUGUCCACCUACACCGGCUCCGUUCCUUUGACUACCACUGUCGCCCCGAUCAACUCCAACGACCCCGGAACGGUCAUUGUUCUCGUCCCGAGUGCAACGAGCGGAGUAGGCGCCGCAACCCCCACUGCUGGCGGUGUUAUUACCAGCUUCUACAGUGGCUUGGUGCCUUCGACAUCCGUGUUGCCUCCAGGUCCCUCUGGCGAGCCUGGUGGCACCGUCAUCUUCCUUCCGAGCAGCACCGGUCUGCCAACCGCCGCUACAACGGCUUUGGCUGCCGGUCUCUACACCAGCACAUACGGAGGUUCAGUCACUCUUACUUCUACGCUCCCCGUCGGACCGUCUGGAGAGCCUGGUGCUACAGUCAUCUUCGUUCCCAGCAACACCGCUGCGCCCAAUCCCGCGACCACCGCAUUGGCUGGAGUUCUCACCAGCUUCUACAGCGGACUGGUGCCAUCGACUUCAGUCCUACCUGCUGGUCCUUCUGGCGAGCCGGGUGCCACAAUCAUCUUCCUCCCUAGUAACACGGUCACUCCAUCUGCUACAGUGCCGACUGCCGGUGGUCUGUUCACCAGCUUCUAUGGUGGUUCCGUCACCCUCACAUCUACGCUGCCCACUGGGCCCUUCGGCGAGCCGGGGGCGACUGUCAUUCUCAUCCCGACUCCCACUGCCACGCCUAGCCCGGCUCUGCCGAACGUCUUGACUAGCACGUAUGGAGGCUCCGUUACGUUGACCUCUGUCUUGCCUACCGGCACCAACGGAGACCCCGGCCAGACAAUCAUCUUGGUGCCGAGUAGCUCUGCUGCUCCGGGCUUGCCCAACAUUCAAACUAGCACAUAUGCAGGCUCGGUCACCUUGACGUCGGUCGUUACUGAUGGUGGUAUCAACGUGCCCCCGCAGACCAUUGUCUUUGUCCCGGGUGUGACCAUUGUUCCCAGCAACACUGAUCCUGCAGGACUUCCCAACAUCUUGACCAGUACCUAUGGAGGCUCGGUGACUCUGACUUCGGUCCUCCCUGUUGGUCCAUCUGGAGAUCCAGCUACCGUUAUCUUCGUGCCAAGCGUGACUGGUGUUCCCAGCAACACUGGUGCCGCAGGUCUUCCCAAUGUUUUGACCAGUGUUUAUGACGGUUCAGUCACUCUGACUUCCGUCAUCUCAACCGGCUCUGCUGGGGACCCUGCACAGACGAUCAUCUUCAUUCCAAGUGCCCCUGGUGUCACUAGCAAUACUGGUGUCGCUGGUCUCCCCAACAUCCUGACAAGCACUUAUGGAGGUUCGGUGACUUUGACUUCAGUCCUACCGGUUGGCCCAUCUGGCGAUCCUGCCACGGUCAUCUUUGUACCGGGAACUCCUGGUGUUACCAGUAACACUGGUGCGGCUGGUCUACCUAAUGUUUUGACCAGCACUUACGGAGGCUCCGUUACUUUGACUUCAGUUUUGCCAGUUGGUCCGUCCGGAGACCUAGCUACAGUCAUCUUCGUACCAGGCACUCCCGGGAUGACUAGCAACACUGGUGCUGCGGGCCUACCUAACAUCCUCACGAGUACCUACGGAGGCUCAGUCACUUUGACCUCAGUCUUGCCCGUUGGUCCGUCUGGAGAUCCCGCUACGGUCAUCUUCGUACCGGGUGCUCCCAGCGCCACUCCGACCAUCACUGCUGCUCCUACGCUGCCCAACGUCUUGACCCAGACCUAUGGCGGCUCCGUUACGCUGACCACUGUUCUCCCCACAGGAUCUGCGGGCGACCCUGGUGUGACUGUCAUCUUCGUUCCCUCUGCUCCAGGCGCCUCGUCCGUUGACCCUACUCAGGCUCUCGGCAAUGUGUUGACAAGCACGUACGACGGAUCGGUCACGCUCACGACGACUUUGCCGGUUGGCCCAUCUGGUGACCCAGCGACUGUGGUCUUGGUACCAAGCAACACCUUGGUACCAACAAGCACCGCAGCGGCAGGCCUUCCCAACAUCCUGACGCAGACCUAUGGUGGAUCUGUGACUUUGACAUCUGUUCUUCCCACCGGACCUUCAGGAGAGCCUGGCGCGACGGUCAUCUUUGUUCCUGGCCUGCCAUCUACAGCACCAACUGUUCCAUCUGUUGGUGGCGUUUUGACGAGCACUUACGGCGGUUCAGUCACUUUGACGACUACUUUGCCCAUCGGACCUUCUGGCGACCCAGCGACCGUCAUCUUGGUGCCGAGCAGCACCGGAGCCGUUGGCCUUCCCAACAUCCUUACUCAGACGUACGACGGUUCGGUUACCCUCACCACUGUUCUGCCUACUGGCCCGUCCGGCGAGCCCGGCGCGACGGUCAUCUUCGUACCCAGCUCUCCUAUUGCCACUCCUACCAUUGCCCCUGGCGGAGUAUUGACCAGUGUGUAUGAUGGCUCAGUCACGCUGACAUCGACUUUGCCCGUCGGCCCAUCUGGGGAGCCUGGCGCCACUAUCAUCCUCAUCCCUACCAAUACUGGGGUUCCGUCAUUGCCCAACGUCUUCACUUCGACGUACGACGGCUCGGUCACGCUAACCACUACCCUCCCAGUCGGACCUUCUGGAGACCCGGCGACCGUUAUCCUGGUACCGAGUCAGACUGCUGCCCCCGCUAUCCCAAGCAAUCUCUUCACCAGCACGUACGAUGGAUCUGUCACCUUGACCACGACCUUGCCCAUUGGCACUGUUGUUCUGGUGCCCAGUCAGACUGCGGCCCCUGGCCUCCCCAACAUCCUCACUUCUACGUACGGAGGUUCGGUCACUUUAACCACCACUUUGCCUGUUGGUCCUUCAGGAGACGUUGCCACGGUCAUUCUCGUGCCCAGCCAGACUGGCGCUCCUGGUCUUCCCAAUGUCUUGACAUCGACAUACGGUGGUUCGGUCACCCUCACUACCACCUUGCCCGUUGGGCCUUCUGGAGAUGUCGCGACUGUCAUCUUGGUUCCAAGUGCGACACCUGCUCCUGGCUUGCCAGAUGUCCUCACUUCUACGUAUGGAGGAUCAAUCACUCUCACAACCGUCUUGCCGGUUGGUCCUUCUGGUGACCCCGAGACGGUGAUUUUGGUACCAGGCCCGACCGGCGCUGGUGGCCUACCCAAUAUCUUGACUAGCACCUAUGGUGGCUCAGUCACGUUGACUACCACGCUUCCAGUCGGACCUUCGGGCGAUAUUGCAACAGUCAUCCUGGUGCCCAGCACGACACCUGCUCCUGGCCUGCCUAAUGUUCUGACGAGCACUUACGGCGGAUCGAUCACGUUGACCACUGCCUUGCCUGUUGGCCCGUCUGGAGAUCCCGUCACGUUGAUCCUUGUACCGAGCGAAACUGCGGCGCCUGAUUUACCCAACGUGCUUACCAGCACGUACGACGGCUCGGUGACUCUCACGACAACUCUGCCAAUUGGCCCCUCUGGGGAUCCUGCCACAGUCAUCUUGGUGCCCAGUUCUGGAUCGAAUGGUGCUGGCCUUCCUAAUGUGCUCACAAGCACCUAUGGAGGCUCAGUCACUCUCACAACAACGCUGCCUAUCGGACCUUCAGGCGACCCAGCCACUGUCAUUCUUGUGCCUAGUUCUGGAGCGAACAACGGCGGUCUUCCUAAUAUUUUCACCAGCACUUAUGAUGGCUCAGUGACCCUCACCACCACACUUCCCAUUGGGCCCUCUGGCGAUCCAGCAGAAGUCGUAUUGGUGCCCAGCUCUGGAUCCAACAACGGUGGUCUACCUAAUGUGCUUACGAGCACUUAUGACGGAUCAGUCACCCUUACGACGACUCUGCCUAUUGGACCUUCCGGUGAUCCCGCCACGGUUGUGUUGGUUCCCAGCAUCAUUCCUUCUAUCACGGCGGCUCCCGGCCUCCCUAAUGCGCUUACAAGCACAUAUGGAGGCUCGGUUACUCUUACUACCGUCUUGCCCGUUGGACCUUCUGGGGACCCAGCAACUGUUGUUCUCGUGCCCGGCUCUGGUUCAACUGGCGCUGGUCUUCCCAAUGUCUUUACCAGCACCUACGAUGGUUCGGUCACUCUCACAACCACUCUCCCCAUUGGCCCGUCGGGCGAUCCGGCGACUGUCAUCCUGGUCCCGAGCACGAUUCUUUCCAUCACAGCUGCUCCCGGUCUUCCUAACGUACUUACGAGCACAUACGAUGGUUCAGUCACUCUCACGACGGUUCUGCCUCUUGGCCCGUCUGGAGACCCGGCCACCAUCAUCUUAGUGCCGGGUGGUACCCCAUCUACUACGCCGGCGCCUGCUCUUCCCAACGUGCUUACGAGCACAUAUGGAGGUUCGGCGACUCUUACUACCGUCUUGCCUCUCGGCCCCUCCGGUGACCCGGCUACUGUCAUCUUGGUCCCGAGUGCCACUCCUACCAUCACGCCUGCACCCGGUCUACCCAAUGUGCUCACCAGCACGUAUGGUGGUUCAGUCACUCUCACCACGGUCUUACCUUUGGGACCAUCUGGAGAUCCUGCCACCAUCAUCUUGGUACCCAGCAGCGCCGUUCCUCCACUCAUCGAUAUUUCUAUUGGAAUCAACCUUCCAGGUCUGUUUACCAGCACUUAUGGAGGUUCAUCCACCAUCACAACAGUCCUGCCAGUUGGCCCAUCUGGAGAUCCUGCCACCGUUAUUCUGGUGCCAAGCACUCCUCCGCUCAUCGACGUCUCGAUUGGCAUCAACCUCCCCAACCUGUUCACCAGUACCUAUGGUGGUUCGGUCACCCUCACGACUACCCUUCCCAUUGGGCCGUCUGGUGAUCCGGCUACGGUCAUUCUGGUACCCAGCAGUGUCCCUACCAUCACGGCUGGACCUGGGUCGCCCAAUAUCUUGACGAGCACCUACGCUGGCUCUGUUACCUUGACCACUGUCUUGCCGGUUGGUCCCUCUGGCGAUCCCGCCACCAUCAUCCUGGUGCCCGGAGCCACUAUCACGGAUGCCUCAGCACUGCCUAAUGUGCUUACGAGCACUUACGCAGGCUCAGUCACUCUCACAACCGUACUUCCGAUCGGUCCCUCUGGCGACCCAACUACAAUCGUCUUGGUUCCUGGCGUCACUCCUACAGACGAUCCAGGAUUACCCAACGUUCUCACAAGCACAUAUGGCGGUUCUGUCACACUCACCACUGUCCUUCCAGCUGGUCCCUCCGGCGAUCCGGCGACGAUUGUGUUGGUUCCCAGUGCCCCUAUCACCGAUGCCCCAGGACUGCCUACUCUCCUCACGAGCACAUAUGGUGGCUCGGUCACUCUUACCACUGUGCUUCCAGCCGGCCCCUCCGGAGACCCGGCGACAAUCGUCUUGGUUCCGGGAGCCUCCAUCACGGAUGCUCCCGGCCUGCCCAAUGUGCUUACCAGCACCUAUGCCGGCUCAGUCACUCUCACUACGGUGUUGCCCAUCGGCCCUUCCGGGGAUCCGGCUACGGUCAUUCUGGUGCCUGGUGCGACGAGCGAUGGCGCUGGUGGUCUUCCUAACAUCCUCACCAGCACCUAUGAUGGCUCUGUGACGCUUACUACCACUUUGCCCAUUGGUCCUUCUGGUGAUCCGGCAACUGUUGUUUUGGUGCCAUCUUCGAUCGGCGCUGGCUUGCCCAACCUUCUCACCAGCACAUAUGACGGAUCGGUCACCCUCACAACUACUCUGCCAAUUGGACCUUCAGGCGAUCCUGCGACAGUUGUUCUGGUGCCGUCUUCGAUCGGCGCCGGUCUGCCCAAUGUUCUCACGAGCACGUACGAUGGAUCAGUUACUCUCACGACCACCUUGCCUAUCGGUCCAUCUGGUGACCCGGCCACGGUUAUCCUCGUACCUGGCGCGAGCAACACCGGUGCUGCUGGUCUUCCGAAUAUCUUGACAAGCACUUAUGACGGCUCGGUCACGCUUACCACUACUUUGCCAAUUGGCCCCUCUGGUGAUCCGGCUACUGUGGUCUUGGUGCCCUCGUCUGGCGCUGCUGGCCUCCCAAAUGUGCUCACCUCCACGUACGACGGCUCUGUUACUCUCACCACCACGCUUCCGAUCGGCCCUUCAGGAGAUCCCGCAGAGGUGGUCCUUGUCCCAAGUGUUGUACCGAGUGUCACCGCACCUGGACUGCCCAACUUGCUUACUUCGACUUACGAUGGUUCCGUCACGUUGACGACUACCUUGCCUAUCGGUCCCUCGGGUGACCCAGCGACGGUGAUCCUGGUCCCAAGCGCCGUCCCAGGCGUGACUGCAACUGGCCUUCCCAAUAUCCUCACUUCUACGUACGAUGGUUCCGUUACUCUCACUACGACCUUGCCCAUUGGCCCGUCUGGCGAUCCCGCAGAGGUGGUCCUUGUGCCGAGUGUGGUCCCAAGCGCCACUGUGCCUGGUCUCCCCAACCUUCUUACGUCCACGUACGAUGGCUCAGUCACAAUCACAACGACGCUGCCGAUUGGGCCCUCUGGCGACCCAACUGCCGUCGUUUUGGUUCCUGGCAUCACGGCUCCAGCACUUCCCAAUGUGCUGACAAGCACAUACGAUGGCUCCGUCACCUUGACUACCACUCUGCCCAUUGGCCCUUCGGGAGACCCUGCGACUGUGGUCCUGGUCCCGAGUAUUCCUGGCUCUCCAGCCUUACCAAAUGUCUUGACCAGUACGUACGAUGGAUCUGUCACUAUCACAACUACCUUGCCUGCUGGACCAACACUUGUGCUGGUUCCAAGCGCCACCAAUGUGGGAGGUGGUUUGUUCACGAGCACGUACGACGGCUCAGUUACUUUUACAUCUACGCUUCCUGCUGGCCCAUCUGGCGAGCCUGGAGCCACCAUAAUCUUUGUCCCGACGAUUUCCGUCGGUGGUCUUCCCAACCUCUUCACGAGCACGUAUGAUGGAUCAGUCACUCUCACGACUACGCUCCCUGCCGGUCCUUCUGGCGAGCCUGGUGCGACCAUUAUUCUGGUCCCAACCGUUUCUGUUGGCGGACUUCCCAACCUCUUCACCAGCACAUACGAUGGCUCGAUUACCUUGACAACUACCCUUCCCGCUGGUCCAUCUGGAGUGCCCGGACCUACCGUGGUCCUGGUUCCUGGCUUGACAUCUGCUUUGCCGACGUCUGCCCUGCCGAACUUGUUCACCAGCACGUAUGAUGGCUCCAUUACUCUCACCACUACCUUGCCUGCCGGUCCCUCUGGUGAGCCUGGCCCGACGGUCGUUCUCGUCCCCGGAGCCACAUCGGCGUUGCCCAAUCUCUUUACCAGCACGUACGAUGGAUCCAUCACGCUUACCACCACACUCCCUGCCGGCCCAUCGGGGGAGCCUGGCCCUACCGUCGUUUUGGUUCCUGGAUUGACUUCAGCAUUGCCCAACCUCUUUACUAGCACAUAUGACGGAUCCAUCACUCUCACUACCACGCUUCCGACUGGCCCCUCGGGAGAACCUGGCCCGACCGUUGUCUUGGUUCCUGGCGCUACUUCUGCGCUGGGAAGCUUCUUGACCAGCACAUACGACGGUUCAGUCACCCUUACAACCACUUUGCCAGCUGGACCUUCAGGCGAGCCUGGUCCGACUGUUGUUCUGGUGCCAAGUCUCACUGGUGCCAUUCCCACGCCUACUGCAGACUUGAACAUCCUGACCAGCACCUAUGAUGGAUCGGUUACUCUCACCACAACCCUUCCGGUUGGUCCUUCGGGAGAGCCUGGUGCUACCGUUAUUUUGAUCCCAAGCAUCACCGAUGCUUUGACUACUCCCACCGCGGCUCUGCCCAACGUGUUGACCAGCACUUACGAUGGCUCAGUCACUUUGACUACCACUCUCCCCGCUGGACCCUCGGGCGAGCCUGGUGACGUUGUCGUCCUGGUCCCAAGCUCUGCUCUCGGAGCCUCUCCUGGCCAGUUCAUCACGCUCACCAGUGGCUACUCCGGCAUCGUACCCUCAACGUCGACGAUUCUGCCCACGGGCACAGAGACAAUUGGCGCGGUUGUCAUUCUGGUACCCACGAGCAGUGCGGGCAUCAGCUUCACCACCAUUACGAGCUCGUACUCGGGUGCUAUCCCAUCUGCGACGACCAUCUUCCCGACCGGAUCGGAUACCGAGGGAACUAUCAUCAUUCUCAAUCCUAUCACGAUCGACACCCCAGGCAUCACCAUUACGAGGCCGUACACCGGAACCGAAACCCUGACCUCUACGAUUCCGCCCGCAGUCUCUGGAGACCCUGCGACUGUCAUCAUUCUGGAUCCCGCUCUGCUUCUCACGACCUCCAACACUGGCUCUUUCACGACCAUCACAAGCGGCUACGAUGGUUCCGUCAUCGCCACGUCCACUAUCCCCGCGGUCGGCACCGAUGGACUCGGAACAGUCGUCAUUCUGGAGCCAACGGGCACCGCUGCGCCCAGCGUCACCGUUUCCUACACGACCAUCAUCAGCACAUACGCAGGAUCGUUGCUGGCGACCUCGACUCUGCCUCCCGCGGGCACCGAUGCUGUGGGAACCGUCAUCCUGCUGGUUCCCAGCUCGAGCGUUCAGAUCCCUGGUGUUUCUUCUUACACCACGGUCACCAGCACGUACACUGGAUUGUUGCCAUCCUUCUCCACGCAGGCUCCCUCGGGAACUGACACUGUCGGCACCAUCAUCUUCUUCGAGCCCGAGGUCACCGCAACGCCUGAUGUGCCCUUCACUACCAUUUUCAGUGGAUACGACGGGUCCAUCAUCCAGACCUCUACCAUUGCACCCGGCGCGCCUGGUGAGACUGGCACAGUUGUCAUUCUUCAGCCCAGCUCGGCUCUCACUGCGUUGCCAACAUCGUCUGCCAACUCUGAUGGCAUCAGCUACACCACAAUCUUCAGCACGUACACUGGCGACAUUCCUCUCACGACGACCCUUGCUCCGGCUAGCGGCGACCCUGCCAACAUUGGCACAGUCAUCGUCCAGUUGCCCAAUGUCCUGGCCACUUCGAGCCCGACCAUCAGCGUCAGCAUCACGUACACGACGAUCGUCAGCUUCUUCUCGGGAUCUGCUCCGAUCACCACCACGAUCGAUCCCGCGGUUGGAGGCAGCAUUGGUACUGUUGUUGUGCAGGUUCCUCUUACCACCUCGGAUCUCUUGGCUUCGCCUGGCAUCUUCUACACCACUAUCGUGAGCAGCUACCCAGGAUCGGUCACAUUGACAACCACCAUUCCUCCUACUGCCACGGAUCCCGCCGGCCUCGCAACCGGAACGGUCAUUAUCCAGGUGCCCGACUCUCAGGUUACAGGUUCCAGCUCCUCUGGCGGUGCUCUGGCGGCCUCGUUCACCACAAUUUUCAGCACGUAUCCUGGAUCCGUCACUUUGGCCACCACUUUGCCUCCUGAUGCUACUGACCCUGCGGGUCUCGGCACAGUAAUUAUUCAGAUCCCCGACACUGGAGUCAUUCCCACAGCCACGAGUGCUCUGGUCACAUUGACAACCACUAUUCCCGCCGCGGACCCCACGGGCUUGGGAACAGUUGUCGUUCAAGUUCCUGACAUCUUGGAUACUUCGAGCCUCCCCACUGGCGGUCUUACCGCUUCGCCGGGUGGCUUCUUCACCACCCUCUUCAGCACCUAUGACGGCUCGGUCACCCUGACCACCACUAUUCCUCCUGCAGCGACUGAUCCUUCCGGACUUGCCACGGUCAUUAUUCAGGUUCCCAGUAACGUGCUCAACACGGACAGCAUCUCUUAUACCACGGUCACCAGUCCAUACACCGGCCUCAUUCCUCAGACCACUACCGUGGCCCCUGGCGCUCCUGGCGACCUUGGAACCGUCAUCGUCCAGGUUCCCACCAGCUCAGUCAGCGUGGAUGUCAUUUCUUACGUGACUGUCACGAGUGGUGGCUUCACCGGCCUGGGCCCAUUGACCACGACCAUUCCUCCGGCCAAUCCCGGAGAUCCCGGAACAGUCGUCAUCCAGGUUCCAAGUGCCACCAGCGCUCUUGGAGCUGUGUAUACGACCAUCACCAGCGGCUACCCUGGAUCUAUCCUCGCAACCGAGACGGGCGUUCUCACUGGAGUGGAUGGCCUCGUCACUGUGGUCGUUCUAUCGCCGACCGGAACUGCCGCCUCAUUGCCAACCAUCACGGGAAGCAUUGGCUUGUUCGUUACAGUCAGCAUUGGAUAUGAUGGAUCUGUCAUUGCCACAUCGACCGGCUCAGUCACUGGUGUCGAUGGUCUUAUUACUGUUGUCGUUCAGACUCCCACCAUUGCCGUCACUUCACCCACGGCCACCAUUCCGGGUCUCUCCUAUACCACAGUUACCAGCGGCUACGCUGGAUCUCUCCUCCAGACCCUCAUUGGAACGCAGACCGGAGCUGAUGGGCUGGCCACAGUGGUCAUUCAGACGCCCACAAUUGCCAUUACCUCGCCGACUGCUACUAUUCCUGGCCUUUCUUACACCACUGUGACAAGUGGCUACGACGGCUCGCUUCUCCAGACUCUUAUUGGAACGCAGACUGGUGCAGACGGCUUGGCGACGGUCGUCAUCCAGACUCCAACUCUGGGACUCACCUCCCCGACUGCAACAAUUCCCGGUCUUUCCUACACCACCGUCACAAGCGGCUACGCUGGAUCUCUUCUCCAGACCCUCAUCGGUACCGCUACUGGUGCUGAUGGCCUCGCCACGGUUGUGAUCCAGGUGCCAACAGCCUCCAUCACAUCUACCCCGACUGUCUCGGCUCCGGUCUCAUACACCACAGUCACCAGCGGCUAUGGAGGCUCAUUCAUCCAGACUCUCAUCGGCUCUCUUCCCGGCAUUGACGGCUACAUCACCGUGGUCGUCAACAUCCCCACUAGCACGGCAUCUCUGCCCACGACCACUCUGCCCGGUCUUUCGUACACGACUGUUACGAGUGGAUAUGAUGGCUCGCUUCUUCAGACUCUCAUCGGCUCUGUCACUGGCGCAGAUGGACUUGCGACCGUUGUGGUCCAGGUUCCCACUGCCACGGCCACAGCCACGACAACGCCCGCCAUCUCGGUCACUCAGUCCAUCAUUUCGUACAUCACCGUCACGACUGGCUACUCUGGCGCCUCAACUCUCUUCCAGACGCUCGCUCCCGCUGCCUCUGGUCUGCCAGGCACUGUCUUCAUCCAAGUCCCGACCGCCGUGCCUUCGAGCACGCCUUCUCUCACCAUCUCGGACGGCACUACGUACACAACCAUUACUUCUUUCAUCACGGCUUCAGCCACCCAGAUCUCGACUCUUGUUCCGUCAAGGACUGGCGAUGUGGUUACUGUUGUUCUUGGUCUCCCCCGUCGCUUGGUGCUCGUCACGACGACGAUCCCUGGUCUCAGUGUUACUGCCACCUCAACUAUGCCAAUGGGCUCCGAUGGUGCCCAGACGAUCAUGAUCCAGGUUCCUGGCGUGGCCACAGCCACGGCGUCUCCCACGAUUGGUGGCAUCACAACCAUCUUCAACACUUACAGCGGCUCCGUCACUCUCAUCCAGACAGAAACUCCCGCUCAGCCUGGAGAUCCAACCACGGUUCUUGUCAAUAUCCCCGGCGUCUUUGCCGAGGUUACUUCAACUCGCUUUGGCGCACCAUCUGCCGGUACCACCACCAUCGCUCCCGCCGGCACCGGCCUCCCAGCGACCGUCAUCAUCGAUCUUCCUGCCAUCUUCCAGACCGUCACCAGCGGCUACUCUGGUCUCGUUCCGGCAACGACGACUAUUUUGCCAACGGAUCCCACCGGAGUUGGUCUGGUCAUCAUCCAGACCCCGACCGUCUCCUCUGGCUUGCCGUCCAUUACGCCUUCCACGGUCUUCACAACCGCGCCUGGAACUGGCUCACUCUUGGCCACUGCCACGAUCACCGGCCCUGAUGGCGUGGUUUCCGUCAUUGUACAGACCCCAACGGCUCUUGGACAGAUCCUCUCUACGGUCUUCACCACUCAGCCGGGCACUGGAGUCUUGCCUGCCACUACUACCGUCACCGGCCAAGACGGAAUCGUCUCUGUCAUUCUUCAGACUCCUACUCUUCCCUCAGGAGCUAUUCCGACCACGGUCUUCACCACGCUUCCCGGAACUGCCGCUCUGCCAGCAACGACCACUAUCACGGGAGCGGAUGGAGUCGUUUCCGUCAUCUUUUUGGAGCCUACAACCUCGGGCCAGAGCCCCGUUGUUCCUACCACGGUCUUCACCACCAUUAUUGGAACCGGUGCUCUCCCAACCACUACUACGGCCAGCGGCCUUGGUGGAAUCGUCUCUGUCAUCGUGGAGCUCCCGAGCACUACUUUGCCCCCAGGGGUCACUCCCUCGACCAUCUUCACCACCGUUCCAGGCACCGGAGCUCUCCCGGUCACAGCCACGGUCACCGGACUGGAUGGCAUCGUCUCGGUCAUCAUCUCCGAGCCCACGUCAAUUCUAUCUGGCAUCUUCACCACCAUCACCACGGGAGGACCGGUUGCUGCGACCAGCACUAUUCUACCCAAUAUCAUUGGUGGCGUUGGCACGGUUGUGGUCCAGACACCGACCCUCACCGUCAGCCCCGGAGCCUUCUUCACGACUCUCACUUCUGGUGGCCCAGUCGCUUCCACUAUCACGCUUCCAGCUGUUGAUCCCACUGGCCUCGGCACGGUCAUCAUUCAGACACCUACUGUCAGCCCGGGAGCCCUGUUCACCACCAUCACCUCUGGUGGCCCAGGUGCGUCGACCUUUACCAUCCCAGCCGCCGACCCUACCGGCCUCGGAACCGUGGUCAUCCAGACUCCGACUGCCCUCCUCGCGUCUUACACGACCCUCACCAUCACCGGCUCUGUUGCGACGACCUUCUCAAUCCCCCCUGUGGGAUCUGGCAUCGGAAGCGUCAUUGUGCAGGUCCCGGAGAUCACUGGCACGUCCGCCUCGCUGCCAUCCAUUACAUCUGCUCCGACCUCGAUUCUCAGCCGUGACCUCACCACCAUAUUCUCCCCUUACACCGGAACGACAAGAAUCACCACCACAAUUCUGGUCAGCAUCAGCGGCGAUCCUACCCUGCCCAACACGGUCAUUGUCUACGUUCCCCUCACGGAGACGAGCAGCUCCGUUGCGACACCGACGAUCACCGGCGGUAUCUCGUACAUCACUCUCAUCACGGGUGUUCCUGGAACCUUUAUUGGCACCCAGACAACUACCCUUCCCGCCGGCAAUGAUGGAUCUGCCACCGUUCUCAUCCAGACUGCCCUCCCUCUGGCCACGUCCAGCCCCAGCGUCACUGUCUCGUACACGACAAUUGUCACGGGUAUCAUUGGCACCUUUGCUGGUCUUCAGACAUCGACCCUUCCAGCAGGACCCGAUGGACUGGCAACUGUCCUCGUCCAGAGCGCCGUUCCGUCUGCUGGUGUCUCUUUCACUACAGUCUUGACGGGAAUUCCGGGCACAUUCCUCGGAACCCAGGCGACAACUUUGCCUGUUGGUACCAACGGCAUCGCAACCGUUCUUCUCCAGACUGCCCUGCCCACCGCAAGCCCGGUCUCGUACACCACCAUCUUCUCUGGCGUGCCCGGCACGUUCGUCGGACCUCAAACCACGACCUUGCCCGCGGGCCCCGACGGUCUCGCUACUGUUGUCGUGCAAAGCGCUCUUCCUACCUCGGGUGUUUCCUACACGACUCGCUUUACCGGCGUCCCCGGUACUUUCAUCGGAGCUCAGACAACCACGCUCCCCGCCGGUCCCGAUGGAAUCGUUACCGUACUUGUCCAGAGCGCGAUCCCAACAGCAAGCGCCUCGUACACGACAUUGCUUACUGGCAUCCCUGGAACCUUCUUGGGCUCGCAGACCAGCACUCUUCCAGUUGGACCUGACGGCGUUGCUACUGUGAUCAUUCAAACCGCGCUGCCUAUUGGUGUGCCGACGUCCUACACGACUCUGUUCUCUGGCAUUCCCGGCACAUUCAUCGCGCCCAUCACAACUACGUUGCCCGCUGGGCUUGACGGCAUCGCGACCGUGCUCAUUCAAACGGCGCUUCCAACUGCGACUGCAAGCCCUACGUCCUACACGACUGUUCUCACUGGUGUCCCGGGCACCUUCAUCGGCGCUCAGACGAGCACAUUGCCUGUUGGAUCCAACGGCAUCGCCACGGUGGUCAUUCAGACCGCCCUGCCCACUGGCAACCCAACGUCGUACACGACCUUGUUCUCUGGUAUUCCUGGCACUUUCACCGCGCCUUUGACAACAACUCUGCCAGCCGGAAUCGACGGCAUUGCAACUGUGGUCAUUCAAACCGCACUCCCGACGGCCAGCCCGCUCUCGUACACCACCAUCUUCAGCGGCGUUCCUGGCACUUUCUUGGGCGCCCAGACGACUACCCUUCCUGCUGGCCCCGGUGGUCUGGCAACCGUUCUUAUCCAGACAGCUCUGCCAACAUCGAGCCCUCUGUCGUACACCACGGUGCUCACGGGCGUCCCAGGAACAUUCCUUGGUGCGCAGACUUCCACCUUGCCAGCCGGUACCAACGGAAUCGCGACUGUGGUCAUCCAGACUGCCCUUCCGACAGCCAGCCCUGUGUCCUACACUACCGUAUUCACAGGACUUCCAGGAACCUUCUUGGGCCUGCAGACAUCAACACUUCCUGCUGGCCCCGAUGGCCUCGCCACCGUUGUCAUUCAGUCAGCUCUGCCAACGGGAAGCCCAACUUCGUACACAACAUUGCUCACUGGCAUCCCGGGCACUUUCUUGGGCUCACAGACGACAACGCUGCCAGCCGGUCUCGAUGGACUCGCAACUGUCAUUGUCCAGACUGCUCUGCCUACAGCAAGCCCAGUCUCAUACACCACCUUGCUCUCUGGAGUACCAGGAACCUUCUUGGGCGCGCAGACUACCACGCUCCCGGCUGGUUCUGAUGGUCUUGCCACGGUCAUUGUUCAGACCGCUGUUCCCACAGUACAAGCUGCUUCAUAUGUAACUAUCGUCACGGGCAUCCCGGGUACCUUUGUCGGCACCUUGGCCUCGACACUUCCCGCGGGAACCAACGGAGUUGGCACCGUCAUUCUCCAGACCGCCGUUCCUACGCCGACUUCGAGCAGCGCUGGUAUCAUCUACACCACAAUCCUGACUGGAGUCCCUGGCAUCUUCACAGGUACCCAGACGACUACGCUCCCCCUUGUCACCGGAACUGUUGGCACCGUUCUCUUGGAGACCGCUCUCGCAACUCCAAGCCCAGUUCUCUCCUACGUCACAUUGUUGACUGGUAUUCCGGGAACUUUCAUCGGUACGCAGGCGACCACGCUGCCAAUUAUCUCUGGCAGCGUCGGGACGGUUCUCUUGCAGACCGCUCUUCCUUCUGCCACCUCAUCGCCCACAAGCAGCGUCAGCAUCACGUACAUCACCAUUGUCACUGGUAUCUUGGGAACCUUCACUGGCACUCAGACAAGCACCCUGCCCAUUCCGUCCAUCGGAGUCGGUAUCGGCAUCGGCAUCACGGCUACCGUCGUCUUGCAGACCGCCAUUCCCACAUCAGCUGUACAAUCGUACACGACCAUCGUCUCCGGCGUUCCUGGCAGCUUCACCGGCACCCAGACCACUACUCUCCCCGGUGUUGGUCCGGACGGCCUGGCUACCGUGGUCCUCCAGACUGCCCUUCCCGCCAUCACCUCUUACACGACAAUCUUCAGCGGUGUCUUUGGCACUUUCACUGGAACCCAGACAACUACCCUUCUUGGGGUCGGCACCAACGGCCUUGGAACUGUUGUCUUGCAAACGGCCGUUCCCUCAACAACUGCGGCUUCCUACACCACGAUCAUCACGGGCGUCCCAGGCACUUUCAUCGGCACGCAGACUUCCACCCUCCCUGGCACCGGCGCCAACGGCCUUGGAACAGUUGUUCUUCAGACUGCUCUCCCUGCCGCUACUUCGUACACUACGAUCUUCAGUGGAAUCGUUGGCACCUUCACCGGAACCCAGACUACCACUCUGCCUGGCACUGGCAUCGACGGCCUCGGAACUGUUGUUCUUCAGACCCCCAUUCCCACCACAAGUCUGUCAUACACGACUGUGGUCACCGGCAUCGCUGGAAGCUUCAUUGGCACCCAGACGACUACCCUACCCGUUGUCGGCACCGGAAAUGUGGCCACUGUUCUCCUCCAAACUGCACUUCCCAGCGUCUCGUACACUACCAUCCUCACAGGUAUCCCUGGAACGUUCGUCGGAACCCAGACCAGCACUUUGCCUGUUGUCGGUUCCAACGGCCUGGCAACUGUCGUCCUCCAGACUGCACUGCCCGCCAUCUCCUACACCACGCUUCUCACAGGCAUCCCGGGCAACUUUGCUGGAUCUCAGACAACCACUCUUCCCAUCGUUGGCACGGGCAACGUGGCGACCGUUCUCAUCCAGACUGCUCUCCCAUCGGUCAGCAGCACGUCUUCGAGCUCUUCGGUUAUCGUGAUCAACACUUCCUACGUCACCAUUGUCACUGGCAUCUUUGGUACAUUCGCAGGAACCCAGACAACUACCUUGCCUGCCGCCGCCACGGCCCCCGAACUCGUCACCGUCGUCCUUCAGACGGCAAUCCCGAGCCCCGGCACGACUUCGUACACUACGAUCCUCACUGGUGUCACCGGAACCAGCUUCCCUGGUACGAGGGCAACCACUCUGCCUGUCAUCGGUACUCUUGGAACUGUCCUUUUGGAGACGGCUAUUCCGGACGUCCCGACAACUUCCUACACGACUAUUCUCACUGGCAUCGCUGGCGGGACAUUUGCCGGCACCCGCGCCACAACUCUUCCAGUCACGGGAAGCAUUGGAACCGUUUUGUUGGAGACGGCCAUCCCAGCCGCCACCUCGUACAUUACAAUUCCCACGGGAGUCGCUGGUGCCACAUUCACUGGCAUCCAGCUGUCUACUCUUCCAGUCACGGGAACUAUCGGAACUGUACUUCAACAAACAGCUCUGCCGGCGGCUACUUCAUACAUCACGAUUCCCACCGGAGUUAUUGGCGCCACCUUCACCGGUAUCCAGCUUUCUACUUUGCCCUUCACCGGCACCAUCGGUACGGUCCUUCAACAGACUGCUCUUCCGGCUGCCACCUCAUACAUCACGAUCCCAACUGGAGUCAUUGGUGGUACCUUCACCGGUAUUCAACUCACGACACUGCCCGUUACUGGAACCAUCGGCACCGUGCUCCAGCAGACAGCCCUUCCGGCAGCAACUUCGUACGUCACGAUUCCUACUGGCAUCGCGGGAGCUACCUUCACGGGUAUCCAGCUUUCGACUUUGCCUGUUACCGGCACGAUUGGAACCGUGUUGCAACAGACGGCUCUGCCCGCUGCCACUUCGUACAUCACGGUACCGACCGGAAUCUUGGGAGCCACGUUCCUUGGAACGCAACUCUCUACACUUCCUGUCACUGGAACCGUUGGCACCGUCCUUCAACAAACGGCCAUUCCCAAUCCCGUCACAUCUUAUGUUACGAUUCCUACGGGAGUUCUGGGAGCAACAUUCCUCGGCACCCAGCUCUCUACUCUUCCCGUCACAGGCACGAUCGGAACCGUUCUUCAACAGACUGCAAUUCCUGCCUUGUCCACUGGAUACACCACCAUCCUGUCCGGCAUCGUUGGCACCUUUACAGGCACCCAGACUACGACUCUUCCAGUCACGGGAACUCUUGGCACUGUUAUUCUGCAGACGGCCGUACCACCAGCCACGUCUUACACAACCAUCGUCACUGGCGUCUUCGGAACCUUCCUUGGAACUUCGGCGACCACCCUACCAGCUACUGGAACCAUCGGUACGGUACUGCUUCAGACCGCGAUCCCGAUCUCGUACACGACUCUCCUCACCGGAGUCGCGGGCAACUUCCUUGGCACCCAGACGUCGACGAUUCCGGCCGUCAGCGGUCUCGGAACCGUCCUGCUUCAGACCGCCCUGCCCACUGGAUACCUCACCGUCACCAGUGGAAUUACUGGCAGCUUUACCGGCACUCAGACAACCACCUUGCCGGCUGUUGGAGGAGGCCUUGGAACCGUCGUUCUUCAGACCGCUAUUCCCAGCUCCGUCAUUGUCUCUUACACGACUAUCAUCACUGGUGUCAUUGGUACUUUCACCGGCACCUCGGUAACCACCCUCCCGGCUACCGGAAGCGUCGGCACCGUGUUGUUGGAGACGGCCAUCCGGCCCAUUUCCUACGUCACCGUCACCAGUGGCAUCGUGGGCAGCUUCACAGGCACUCAAACCGUCACUCUCCCUGCCACCGGAGCCGGACAGAGCAUCGCUACUGUUGUCCUUCAGACUGCCAUUCCGGCCAUCUCGUACAUCACUGUCACGAGCGGAGUGGUCGGCAGCUUUACCGGUACUCAGACUGUCACGCUUCCCACGACGGGAGCCGGCCAGAGCAUCGGCACAGUCGUUCUCGAGACCGCUAUCCCGGCCAUUUCGUACAUCACCAUCCCCACUGGGGUUACUGGCACAUUCACAGGCACCUCUACAGUCACUUUGCCUACCACUGGUCCAGGCCAGACUGUUGGCACCGUCUAUCUGGAGACUGCUCUCCCAGUCAUUUCUUACGUGACGAUUCCCACUGGAGCGACCGGAACCUUUACAGGAACCCGUCUCAGCACCCUUCCAGUCACUGGCACCGUUGGUACUGUGCUCGCGCAGACGGCCCUCCCGGUCAUCUCGUACAUCACGAUUCCUACUGGAGUUACAGGAACAUUCACCGGCACUCAGACAACCACGUUACCGAUCACGGGAUCCAUUGCGACGGUACUUCUGGAGACCGCAUUGCCUGUGAUUUCGUACAUCACGAUCCCAACUGGCGUGACCGGAACCUUUGCUGGCACUCAGCUAUCGACUUUGCCCGUCACUGGCACCAUUGGAACAGUGUUGGCACAGACUGCUCUACCUUCGGUCUCAUACAUCACCAUCUCAACUGGCGUUACCGGAACCUUUGCGGGCACUCAACUUUCUACCUUGCCAGUCUCUGGUACCGUUGGAACCGUUCUCGCCCAGACUGCUCUGCCAUCCAUCUCGUACAUCACUAUCCCGACUGGUGUUACUGGAACAUUCGCCGGCACGCAGCUUUCGACCUUGCCCGUUACCGGCACGAUCGGAACUGUCCUUGCCCAGACCGCCCUCCCCUCCAUCUCGUAUCUCACGAUCCCUACUGGCGUUACUGGAACCUUCACGGGUACCCAACUGUCGACUUUGCCAGUCUCUGGAACUAUCGGAACCGUCUUGGCGCAGACCGCUCUCCCAGUCAUCUCCUACAUCACCGUCCCGACGGGAGUUACUGACAGUUUUACGGGCACGCAAUUCUCAACCUUGCCCGCCGUUGGCAGUGUGGCCACCGUAUUGGCACAGACCGCUCUCCCAGUUAUCUCGUAUACAACCGUCCCGACUGGCGUUACUGGCUGGUUCACAAGCACCCGUUUGUCGACGUUGCCGGCCGUUGGAAGCGUGGCCACGGUACUGGCGCAGACAGCUCUUCCAGUUGUCUCGUACGUGACUGUCCCAACAGGAGUCACAGGCACCUUUACCGGCACGCAAUUCUCAACCCUCCCUGCUGUUGGCAGCGUUGCCACGGUCCUCGCCCAGACUGCCUUGCCCGUGGUGUCCUACGUCACGGUGCCCACGGGAGUUACCGGCACGUUCACUGGCACCCAGCUCUCAACAUUUCCAGCUGUUGGAAGCGUGGCCACUGUUCUUGCUCAGACAGCCUUGCCUGUGGUAUCGUAUGUCACGGUGCCUACAGGCGUCACUGGCACCUUUACCGGAACCCAGUUCUCGACCCUCCCUGCUGUCGGCAGUGUGGCCACAGUAUUGGCUCAAACAGCCUUGCCCGUCGUUUCCUACGUUACUGUUCCUACUGGCGUCACUGGUACCUUUACUGGAACGCAGUUCUCUACUUUACCCGCCGUCGGAAGCGUCGCGACCGUUCUCGCCCAAACGGCCUUGCCUGUGGUUUCGUACGUUACCGUGCCCACGGGAGUCACCGGCACCUUCACGGGAACGCAGCUAUCAACGCUUCCCGCCGUCGGAAGCGUGGCCACGGUGCUCGCCCAAACAGCCUUGCCACAGAUCUUCUACACCACGGUCGCCUCGGGAGUCGCAGGCACCUUUGCCGGUACUCAGCUGGUCACUCUCUCCGGAACCGGAGCCACCCGAACUGUCGUGGCAGAAACCGCCAUUCCGUACACGACGGUCCUCACUGGAGUUUCUGGCACCUUUACCGGAACUUCCCUGUCCACGAUCGGAAACACGGUUCUCGCUCAGACAGCCCUGCCUCAGAUCUUCUACACGACCAUCCCGUCAGGCGUGCCGGGCACCUUUGCCGGAACGUCUUUGGUCACUCUCUCGGGCUCUGGAGCUACUCGGACAGUCGUUGCCCAGACGGCCAUUCCCUACACCACGGUCGUCACGGGAAUUACUGGAACCUUUACCGGAACCUCUCUGUCUACUAUCGGUAAUACAGUCAUCGCCCAGACGGCUCUGCCGCAGGUCUUCUACAACACGGUACCCACUGGUGUUCCGGGCACGUUUGCCGGAACCUCUCUUACUACCCUCGCGGGCUCCGGAGCAACGAGAACGGUCCUCGCUCAGACUGCCGUGCCGUAUACCACAAUCCUCACGGGAGUCUCGGGCACCUUUACCGGAACUGCAGUCACGACCAUUGGCAACACCGUCCUUCAACAGACGGCCAUUCCUCCAGUCUCCUACACGACGGUGGUCACCGGUGUGAUCGGCACCUUUACUGGCACUCAGGUCACCACCAUUGGCAACACGGUCGUCCAGCAGACCGCCCUCCCCUCAAGCACAUCGUACACCACGAUCCUCACGGGAGUCACUGGUGCCUUCACCGGCACGCGGACCACAACUGUUGGAAACACAGUACUGCAGCAGACGGCACUCGCAUCAGCAAGUCGCGUCGUCACUAGCUCAUACGCACCAUCCGGCUGUGUCCCGACGCCCACCGGCGUCGCCGCCCCGACUUGCCUACCAUCAACUGGAUCCGCAAUCACUUUGCCUUCUGCUUGCGCCAGUCUCACGGGUGUCAUCUUGCAAUCAUACUCUCAGUCGACACUCGAUGCUUGUACUGCAGCCUUGGGCGCGACUGCCAACAUUGGAACCGUCAGCAACUGUCUCAACUUGCAACAAAUUGCUCUGUUGGGAAACGUCCUGGGAUUCAACCACGUCAGAUGUAUUCAGACUGCUCUGGCGGGUACCUGUCUCACCAGGCUUCCGUCAAUUUGCGCCAACCUGGCGGCAUCCAGCCAGACUCUUGCCAAUGUCCAGACCAACGCCGCUCUAUGCUUCGCCAACCUUGGAGCCUUUGGUUCCAUCACGACAGCAGGCAACUGUAUCAUAUCCAGCGUCACCAACCAAGGAGGCGCGGCCGUUCUCAACUGUUUCGAGCGAGCUCUCGGACUACCAGUCGGUCAAACAGUCGCCGGAUUGGCAAGCACAGUAUUGUGUCCUUCCGGCACAGCUUGCGCCCGCGCUCCGGCAGCCUGCGGUGCUCUACUGGAUGUCACACUCUCAACGUCGGAAAUCAAUGCCAACCUCAAUCUCUGCCAGGCUGGCCUCGUCGUCAGCGCCUUGGGAAGCACGGUAUCAAACUUGGCUUCCGGUUUGGGCUGUACUCUCGGCAGCGUUACCGGCCUGGUGGGCAGUCUCCUCGGAGCCCAGACACAAUCGUACGCUCAAUGUAUCCAGAACUCGCUGGCUUCGCAGUGUAUCACGUCACUACCGCAGAGCUGUGUCAACCUGGGCGUCGACGCGACCGGUGGCGUGGCAGUGACUGUCAGCGCACCGAACCUCAUCUCUUGCGUAACUUCGCUCGGCCUCUUGUCCAACGGCAUCGCCUCGGAUUGUUUGAACCUGUCCUUGACGGGCCCGAACAUUGUGGCUUGCCUGAACUUGCGCCUCUUUGGCGUCGCCACGGUGAACGUGGCCGCCUAA